AUGUCGUCCUGGCAUGCGCUUAACGUGGAACCGGAGAACGAGGAAGAGGUCGAGAUCGACGACAGCAAAGAGAUUCAAAUAGAGGAAGCUCUGAAGCUCUACCAAACCGCCCUCAAGUAUCACGCCGAAGGUCCGCAAUCCUUUGAGAAAACCGGGGAAGCUUACAGAGCACUUUUCGAAUCCGAGAUCUUCAAGUACAACGAAUCGAUCUCCGAGUACAAGCGCCACGAGCUUUUUGGCGACGAGCUGGUAUUCGACAGUAUCCUAGAUGACUUCGAUGCCGGCCCAGUCCAGACCGCUGGCGGCAACGAGAGCGCACCGAACACACUCCCGCAACUACUUCAUCUUUCAUACAAGAAUCAUGGCCAAUUCAUUCUCGAGACGAUGCAACAUUGGGCCAGCCAACAUGGCAUUCCUUUGCAGCAGGAGAGUCCAGGACACGUAGUCUCUGCUUUAUCAAAUUUCGCCGAAGCACUGGACAAAGAAGACACAGAUUUGGACCUAUGGCUACGGACAGCCUCCGUUGCUGCUAUGCUCGGCAGCUCGCGUAUCACUAGAUUUUGUUUGGAGGCUGUGCUGGAUGGAAACGACGAGGCGUACGACAGUCUCCUGCGUCUCCCAGGACUUGAAGAGGGGUUUGCUGGACAUCAGCUCCGCGAACUGGUCACGAGGCUUGAGGAUACAUUGUCCCUUCAACAGCCCCCACUUGCGUCACUGAUGAAGAAGAAGCUUUCCGAGACGCUAAAGAAGCGACUAAACCCUUAUCCUUGGGCCCCAGUUCCCUCUGAGAUCUCGGGGCCCGUACGACAAGCUGUUGACCGACCGCCCCAGCGUGUCAUUUUGAGUCCAGUCAAGUGGGACUGGGCAGGUGCGGGAGACGCGAUCCUUCGUCACUACAUGACCGAAACGAAUACUUUGAUCGAAAGCACGCAGCCAGGCUGUGCGAUCGCCCUCGAUGUGCCGCCCGAAGUAAAUAUCACAGAACCCACCGAAAACGCGAAUGUGCAGGCGGAGACUGAGAUGACGGAACCUCCUAAGGGAGUUGUCAUAUCGGAAAAGGACGAACCUGCCGCUCCCGGAAAUGACUCGAAAACUGCCGCAAAAGACGGCGACGAUGCGGUGAUGGCAGACCAGGAGAGGCCUACGGACGGCAAAGCUGACGAGGCAGAGUCGGCAACGCUGGCAGAAAACGGUCGCGAGCUGUCACGCAAGCGCUCAACAGACUCCGCCGGACUGCCAGAAACUGCUGAGGGUGGUCGCGCAAGGAGUAAACGUCUUCGAGCCCGCGAUUCAGAGGUGGGCACAGGUGUUGAAGCCAUGGGGCAGACUGUUGGCAAUACGCUCGAGGACCAGCUUUGGCCUUUUACGAACGCUGACAAAUGCCUGCGUGAAGUCAUCAACGAUCAAUUCGAGCGUCUCGGUGUACAGGGCCUCGGCGUCCUGGAGGAGUUGCGUAAUUUGGUUAGCAACUCUACUCCCGUAGCAACCGCUACCGACAGCAUCGACAAGGCAGCCUGCGAUUUGCAUACGGCUUUGCACACGUCAGGAUCGAAAAUCGCACCAGUCUUACUCAGUGCAGAGCCUAUGGAUCUUGGCGGUGCAUCGCGGGAAGCGGGCUUGAACGCGUUUCUGGGUUACUCCAAAUCUAGUACUGCGCAAGCCUGCGCGAAAGCGACUUUACAAAGCGAGAAGCUUACUACCUUUAUUCAAAGCAUCAAAGAUGCUUGGCUUUCCUCGCAGGAGGUUGCUUUUGCCUGGGUAGAGGCACUGCUAUCGCCGAGCCCCCUCUUCGCGACAAGCAAUAGCACGCAAAGCAGCAAGUCUAGCUACGUACAGUACCGGUGGCCUGAGGACCUCAAGCGACAGGUGGUUCAGGUUCUCGUUAAUGUGGAUGAGUUUAUUUACGACCGUAUGCUGGACCGCCUCGAAGCGCUCAACGCCAGAAUACUUGAAGCUCAGGAGCAGACCCGACAAUACAAGCUCUCAGAGUUGGACAUCGCACAGUUUGAGAUGAUUGAGACCAUCUUCGAGCUUCAUCUCGACGUCUACUCAUUAAUCAAGCAUCCUAGCAGUGGCGUAAACCAAAGCACACAAACCGAACAAAGUGAUCGCCUAUCACGAUGGGUAUCGCUGGCACGCGAAGCCAUGCAGCUACGUUCGAGCUGUGACCUGAAUGCCGGAUCCGAUGACGAACUUGUUCUACGCCACGUAUGGGCGUCUGUCUUUCAUUUGAGCGUUAGCGAUGACGUUCUACCUCAAAACGUCCUCUAUGCAAUGGAAGAACUCAAGGAGAUCUUCAAAUCUUCAGACGGGCAUAUCAUUGAGGUCCAGAAUAAUGCAGUCAUGCCAGAGCUUUCUGUAGCUGCGGUAGAUCGUGAGCUUGUCCGCAUCAGUAUGAAAGAUUUUUUCUUGAAGGUCUUCGAUACCGAUGAGAAGGACCCUGUUGCUGUCAUAGAGAGCUUGGAACCCAUUCUAGAACCAUCACAGGAGGCAGACCAGAUGGAUGAUGAUAACGCCAACGGUGUAGGGGAAGAUCAUGAUGAAACAUCGGCUAUCGACCAUGAUCUCGUUUCGGCAGACAUGCAAAGAUCGCGCCCAUCGCCUUUGCAGGAGAUGAGAAAGUUCCUCGAUUCAGCAUCUGUUAGCUUGAGACUUUCGCUGUGGCAGCGCUUGCGCGAAGCUUACGAGGCAAUCGAAUACCCACCAAAAGUUCUGUCCUGCUACCUGCGAAGUAUCGAAACCUUGACGGGAAAGUUCAGCAUCUCAACUUAUCAGGAAUGCUCGGAUGCUGACCGACACGUGGAGCUCAUAAGGUGUUUUCGCAUUGUCGAUGAGAUUGUGGUGAAAGUCCUUCAGAUCAUUAGAGAUGAGAAGGAUGCAUUGGCUUGCCUAACAUACGAGCACAUGCAAUCUUCCAUGUCGGCGAUUUCACAAUUGUUACGAAUCUUGUCGGCAGCAAACUGUCUGCAAGAUUCGAUCCGAGUAGGACAGCUUUCUGUACCCCGUUACAUGGACGGAUUCCCACCAUCUACAUUCACCAACCUUACCAACCGGCUCAACGAUGUCCAAGUGCGACUCUGGAUACUCCAGUACUACCUCUUUAGGGAAGGCAUCUCUCAAACACCGAAUAAGUUCGAGACACCGUCUGACGAGCAAUUUGUUUUCCUGCGGCACGUCCAUCAUACUCUUGGAGUACGGUCAUGUGGACACGCAGCCGGGCGUCUGUUCCUUAGAUUGGCGAAGGAUGAGAUGCUGUCGUUCCAGGACCUUCCUGAACCGGAGACACUAGCCACUGAGCUAUCUCAGGUCCUUUAUGAUUUGUAUGGGUUGAAAACCUUUAUCGAUCCAUCGGAAUGCCAAGAAUACGGCUCCAAUGCCGACAUUCUCGAUAGGAGCGCAGCGAUGAAGUUGAUGACAUUCAUCCUUUCUCAAGCUUCGAAGAUGAACAUCAAGGAUCUCGUGAAGCACGAGCUGAGGAAUACCAUCGAGCGAGUUCAUGGAGCUCUUGGUAGACCUAGAGUUCAUGAAGAGAUCACCCAUAAUGGGAAAACAUUGAAGGCCUAUCUUAAAUCUCCUAUAAACCCAACAGACUUGCUCAGCUGCUUGAAGGGUGUCGGCACACUUCCCACGAAGCCAAUACUUGCAGAUGCUUCGGUCGCCCCGGCCGCCAAGGGAUGGUAUUUCUUGAUGGGGAAUCUUGCACUCACCAAGUUCAAAUCACAAAAGAGGACCACUCAAGCACCAACCGAGGACGUCAACUUUGCCCAAGCAUUUUUCUUGCAAGAUUUGGAAUUUUGCAGCGAGCGGUGGGAAACAUGGUACCGCCUCGCGCAAGCCAAUGAUACCCAGUUGGAAGAAGCUAUAUCCUGGACCGCCGAGAAGAUCAACAGCAAUAGCGUAGAGCUCAUCAAUUGGCAGCGUGCUGCCAUUCACUGCUAUUCCAUGGCAGUGAAUUGUGCAGUUCGCGACGAAGACCUCGUCCCCGAGACGCUCGCAAAAGUCGCACAUAUGUACGCAGACUUUGGUAACCGUGUAUACGCCUCAUCUCGAGAACCUUUCAGCAUGACUGCGUUCGCCAUCAAGGACACCGAACACAAGUUCUACAGCGGGCAAAAUGACGCGCCUAUAUACCAGAAUUUGCCAUUCGCCGCGUUGUUGCCCUACACAGCUUGGAAGUUUGCGGGCGUCCUCUUCAAGCGUGCAGCUCAAGGCGAACCAGAUAAGUGGUGGAAUCACUACAUGUUAGCGAAAUGUCUCUGGAAGAUGCACUGUGCCAACAUCGACGAAAUACGGAGAGCUCUAGCGGAAGGCAGACCGCCAACUGCAGGGAACGGACCACCUUGGGAGGAGGUGAUCAAAGCAAUCGUGAAUGCAAUCAACGCAGUACCUGAGAAGAAAGAGCGAGGUAGAGAGCCUAUUCUGGAGCCUCAUUACAAGCUCGUGUCCUUUACUCACAAACUCUUCCUGCGAAAAGCUAUCGAUCACGAGAAGGGUGUGGAGCUCUUAUCCAACACGCCGUUUUCGGAGAACAUCAGCAGCCCUGAAAAUUCCGACGAAUGGGAAGGAUACAUACUUAGGGUACUCAAGGCGCUGCGUAACACUGACAAGUCAAGCUGGCAUCAUCGUAUCAUUGCUCGUGCGGCUCAUGUCAUAUAUGACGAAUCCAAUGACAUAAUGGUCGCCCAAGGCGCAAAACAUGAGCUUACGCAGCAGAUCUUCACCAAGACCAUGGCAGUCCAAGUAUGGAAGCCCGAAUACGAGCGACCUGGCAGGCACUUUGUCUACACCAGUCGUUACACCAAGUUCUUCGUUCACCUGCUGAAUCAAACUGGCGACCAACCGAACCUUGAGGCUUUAGCCAGACGUGUUCGGAGGAAGCAGACCGAUUUCUUCGAGCACACCAAGCUAUGGCAUGAACUGUGCCAGACAUAUCUCCAACUACUGCGACGAAUGGGCCAGAUCCCAGAUGGCCAGGAGGACAUUGUUUUCAGAGCGCUCAACUACGAGGAAUACAACAUUCAAGCCACCCGCCUGGAGGCUUGGUGCCAAGAUCCCCAUUCACAACAUCCCGCUCUCGAUGUUCUGCGGCAUACAGUGGAGUUGAAGCGCGUCAACAACGGUCUCAUGAAGGCUGUGCCAAUCGAUGACCUCCUUGGUGAUACUUUUGCCCUGCUUUACAACACAGUUGGCCCAACCCUACCGCCUCUACCUUCAGAACAGAAACAGCCUCCCCCUACAGGAACUGCAACGCCAGAAACCGGCGCUCACCACGGAGCCGGGAACCCCUUCCUACCACCAGUCGCGCAUGCCCAACUCGAUGGCGCCGUACCCGGCACUGGUCACAGUGCCCCUUUCAACCUCUUCCACCCAAGUCAGUUGCAGCCGCAGGCACAACCACAGCCACCACCACAGCCACCUACUGAGCCCGUCCCGAAGCCUCGAGCCAAGACCGUCGGGCGUAGAGAAAUCCAACGUCGUGCCGAAGUAUGUGCGCAGAAACCAGCCGGCGCGGCCGCCCCUCCAACUACAUCCGUGAUGCCAAUCCGCUCCCCGCCUGCCACGACACACACAAUACUCCCCUCGUCCACCGCCACCAUGCAACCCACUCACUCGCCCGACAAGCCCACACCACCCGAACCCGCACCUACACCUGCGGCAGGCUUUGGCGCAGCUCCUACCCUCGAGCCUCCCAACGUCCCUACAAGCGGCACCGUCACCGCCGCCGCCAGCGUUACCGCCGACGAGCGCAGCGCUCCUGCAUCCGUGCACGAUGACGCCGACGAUGAGAGCGAGCUUAGCGAGCUGGACGAGGACGAAGUGCAGGAGAUGGGACAUCAGAUUCACGCAUCAGGUGUGGGUAUGCGCGCUAUAUCGGCGCCUAGGCCGAGUUUGUUUCCGAACUUGAAAAGGAGUAUGGAUAGAGAAGAGAAGGAGACUGAUACGGAGGGGUCGGGGAAGGGGACGAAGAGGGCGAAGGGGAGGCAGGGGAUGAAGAUAUGGAGAUGA